AUGAUUCACACUGGAGAGAAACUGUUCACAUGUCAAAACUGUGGAAAGAGUUUUAAAAGUAGAAGUCACCUUAAGACACACAUGAUGAUUCACACUGGAGAGAAACCUUUCACAUGUCUACAGUGUGGAAAGAGUUUUAACAGUACAAGUUACCUUAAGGGUCAUUUGAGAACUCACACUGGAGAGAAGCCCUUCACAUGUCUACAGUGUGGAAAGAGUUUUAACAGUACAAGUCACCUUAAGAGACACAUUGGUAUUCACACCGGAGAGAAACCUUUCACAUGCAAACAGUGUGGAAAAAGUUUUUCACAUAACAAUAACUACAAGGAACACUUGAGAAUUCACACUGGAGAGAAACCAUUCAAAUGCCAAGAGUGUGGACAGGCUUUCACACAUCAAAGUGCACGUAAGAUACACAUGAGGAUUCACACCGGUGAGAAACCAUUCACGUGCCAACACUGUGAAAAGAGUUUUAAAACUACGAGUGAAACUAAGACACACAUGAGAACUCACACCGGAGAGAAACCAUUUGCAUGCCUUCAGUGUGGAAAGUCUUUUACACUCUCAGGUCACCUUAAGGGUCAUUUGAGAAUUCACACCGGAGAGAAACCUUAUCCAUGUGAUCAGUGUGAAAAGAGUUUUAUCAGUAUUAGUCACCUUUAUAGACACAUGAAAAUUCACACCGGAGAGAAACCUCAUGCAUGUCUACUGUGUGGAAAGAGUGUAGGAGAUAAAGCUUCCCUGAAAAGUCAUAUGAGGAUUCACAGCGGAGAGAAACCCUACCAAUGUGAUCAGUGUGAAAAGAGAUUUGCAUGUAAAAAUACCCUUGUGUUACACAUACGAACUCACACCGGAGAGAAACCAUUCGAAUGUCAACAUUGUGGAAAGAGUUUCUCAUCUCAAUGUAACCUUAAGAGACACAUGAGAAUUCACACCGAAGAGAAACUGUUCACAUGUCAACGGUGUGGAAAGAGUUUCAGAUGUAAAUUUACCCUUCAGUCACACAUGAGAUCUCAUGCUGAAAUUAAACCUUUUGGAUGUCAUACGUGUGGAAAGACUUUCUCAGCUGAAAGUUCUCUUAAGAAACAUUUGAGAAAACACGCUGGAGAGAAACCAUAA